CUUCAAGGAGGAGUACGAGAGUUUUUUUGAGGGACAGUCGGCUCCGUGGGAUUCAGCCAAGAAAGACGAGAACCGCAUGAAAAAUCGCUACGGCAACAUCAUCGCCUACGACCACUCCCGUGUGCGCCUGCAGCCUCAGGAAGGAGAGAGCGGCUCAGACUACAUCAACGCUAACUAUGUUGACGGCUACCACAGACCCAACCACUACAUCGCCACGCAGGGUCCCAUGCAGGAGACAGUGUAUGACUUCUGGCGGAUGGUGUGGCAGGAGAACACUGCCGCCAUCGUCAUGGUAACCAACCUGGUGGAGGUGGGCCGGGUGAAGUGCUGUAAGUACUGGCCGGACGACACAGAGAUCUACAGAGACAUGAAGGUGACGCUGAUCGAGACGCAGCUGCUGUCCGAGUACGUGAUCCGCACGUUCGCCGUGGAGAAGCGCGGCGUGGCAGAGAUCAGAGAGAUCCGGCAGUUCCACUUCACCGGUUGGCCAGAUCACGGCGUGCCGCUUCACGCCACUGGCCUGCUGGGAUUCAUCCGCCGCGUCAAAACCAAAACCCCGCCCACUGCCGGCCCGACUGUUGUGCACUGCAGUGCGGGGGCGGGGCGUACCGGCUGCUUCAUAGUGAUUGACAUCAUGCUGGACAUGGCGGAGCGGGAGGGCGUGGUCGACAUCUACAACUGUGUGAGAGAGCUGAGAGCACGAAGGGUUAACAUGGUGCAGACUGAGGAGCAGUACGUCUUCAUCCAUGACGCCAUCUUGGAGGCGUGUCUCUGCGGCGACACGGCUGUCCCGGCCAAUCAGCUGCGCUCGGUUUACUACGAGAUGAACCGAUUGGACCCUCAGACCAACUCCAGCCAGAUCAAAGAGGAGUUCAGGACUCUGAACAUGGUGACGCCAACUCUGCGGGUGGAGGACUGCAGCAUCGCUCUGUUGCCUAGAAACCACGAGAAGAACCGCUGCAUGGACGUCCUGCCUCCGGACCGCUGCCUGCCCUUCCUCAUCACCAUCGACGGGGAGAGCUCCAACUACAUCAACGCUGCACUGAUGGACAGCUACAAGCAGCCGUCGGCGUUCAUCGUUACCCAGCAUCCUUUGCCCAACACGGUGAAAGACUUCUGGCGUCUGGUCCUGGACUAUCACUGCACCUCCAUCGUCAUGCUGAACGACGUGGACCCUGCUCAGCUCUGUCCUCAGUACUGGCCUGAGAACGGGCUGCAUCGUCUCGGUUCCCUGCAGGUGGAGUUUGUUUCUGCUGAUCUGGAGGAAGACGUGAUCAGCCGCAUCUUCAGGAUCUACAACACAGCCAGG